AUGCCGACUGCCUGGCGUGUUUAUGAUAGGGUCCGAGGGAUUGCUCUUUCCAGGGACCGAUUCCAGUUCGUGUUUCAGAGAGAGGAAGAUCUUGAAAUGGUGCUUAAAGAUCGACCUUGGUCGUACAACCAUUGGGCUAUGGUCCUCGAACGCUGGACUGACAGACCAUCUGAAGAUUUCCUCCAAUCUAUGGAUCUCUGGAUUCGCAUACGCCAUAUCCCGGCGAUCUUCUUCAAAAUUGACACUAUGUAUAAACUUACGUCUGAAGUAGGAAAGGUUGUCGAGAUAGCGUAUGAUCUGAAAGUGUCGCACACGAAAGAAUACAUCAGUGCGCUGAUCACUUUCAACACUGAGAACCCCGCUAAGGCGUCUAGAAGACUCAACCUACCUAAAAGGGGCUAUGUGGCGAUCGAGUUUGAGUACGAGAAAAUUCAUAAAAGAUGUUUUCACUGUCUGAGGUUGACUCAUGAAAAGAUUCGUUGCCCACUGUUGAAAAAGGAUUUUCGGUCUUCUAAGGCGAUGAAUGUUGCUCGUGAGGAAGCACAUCUUAGCUCUCAACCUGCUAAGACUAUUGGGCGUAAUGCUCGGAUCCAACGUGUCCGUCAAGCUAUCACAUAUGCUGCUAGAGCUCCUCCGGUUAUUUUAACCAAGAUCACCCCGGACCUUGACAAGGGGAAAGGGCAUGUGUUUGACUACCCGGAUAUCAGCUCACUCCUCCAAUGGCAUGCGACUAAAAAGCUAAAGAUCACAUCGUCUGCGCGGCUGACUCUUCUGGAGAAUGAGAGCGAAACAGAGUCCUCCACUGCCUCUCUUCCUGCUUUGCUUCCCCCCUUUGAUAUCACUACGGGUUUUCAGUUAGGGAUAUCCUCUAAGGAUCCUACUGCCGGUGAUGGUAAGGGUGAUAAGAAAGCAAGACGUCGCCCACCUUCUGGGAAGAGAAAGACGCAAGUUCGAGCUGUUGGGACUGCAAGAAACUCAACCCAGAAUGAAGAAAACAACAGAGAGAAUGGUACUAAAAAGAAGUCAGACAUGUCUACGCCUUCCUCGUCAGAAAGAUCUACCAAAAAAUAA